GAUGCUCAUGUUUAUGGUUAUGGUCAGUUCCAAGCUAAGUUGGAGAAGGAGAGGGUGGAGCAGCAACAGUGUGGUGACCUGGUAUUCGAGGAUCCUAUGGAGGAUGAGUUCGAGAAGGAUGAGAAAAUAGAUGGUGAUGCUGCCUCUGAUGCCUCCGAGAUGGCUGCUACAGGGGAGGAGCCAUCUGCGGGAGUAGGAGGAGGAGUAGGAGGCACUGCUGUGUAUGGGCCUGGGGUGGAUAAGGUUGAGGAGGGGAUAGUCGGGACCUUGCCGCAGCAUUUGGCUAGAAGUGACGAGCAGCGUGUUAAGGAUAUAUGCAAGGAUGACAACCCUCAUGAGGAUGCUCUUGAUGUGCUCACUAGGAUGCACGAUGAGGACGGCAAGCGCAACGAUGCUGGUAACAGGAACUAA